AUGAGUAGUUGCGAGCUUUCCGCAAUUCCUGCCAAGGCAGCGAUUAAAGGAAUCGCAACUGAAGACAAAACAGAGACAAAUAUUCACAGCAGCAAGAGCAUCAUCUCAUCAAAACACGGCAAGAGACACUUGGCGCCCGCCAAAGUCAAGAAGCGGGCAGCUUGGGCAUGCAAAUACUGUCGAGCUCGCAAAGUGCGCUGUGACGUCGUGUACGGCUCGCCAUGUCGAAAUUGCAGAUGGGAUAAGAUGGAGUGCAGUAUCCAAGAAACUCGCUGGCAAACAAACCACGUCUUCGUCGCCAACAAAGUCACGGGAGCGGAAGUGCAAAACCGCCCUGUUGCCAGUGUAAUAAACCUCAACGGCGUUGCAGAAGUUCCAAAGUCGACAGAUGCUUCUAUCGGUUCAUUUACUGGCCUUGCUGCAACUAAGGUAUCAAACGAAGCGGCCGCAACCAAGGAAGCAAUCAAGCAUGGUGUACCAAGCCUCGGCGACCAGGUGCCCCCAGGUUUCAAGCCUCUUCCCACAAAGGUUGCCGCUGAAGAUGUAAGAUAUCUCCGGUCCAAGGGCGCUCUGUCGGUGCCAAGUGUGCCGUUACAGAGUGCUUUGCUCCAAGCCUACGUGGAAUAUGUCAACCCGUAUAUGCCUCUGGAGUUGUUUCCAUUCCUGAACGCCAUAAAUGCCGGCGAUGGCCGGGCCGAAAAGGUCAGCCUGCUGAUGUACCAGGCCGUCAUGUUUGCUGCCACGGCAUUUGUCGAUAUAGAGUUGCUGUAUGAUUUCGACUGCGAACCGAAUCAGUUGGUGGUUGUGCAGGCUCUUCUCCUGAUGACAUACUGGUACGAGACAUCAGAAGACAAGAAAGGCGCCUGGCAUUGGAUAGGUGUGGCCAUAUCGCUGGCAUACACCCUGUGCCUCCAUCGAGAUCCGAGCACCACGAGUAUGUCAUCAGCCAGACAGAAGCUGUAUAAACGAAUAUGGUGGUCAUGCUUCAUGCGUGAUCGCCUUAUCGCUCUAGGUAUGCGGCAGCCUAGCCGUAUACACGACAAGGAUUUCGAUGUUCCGAUGCUGGAGGAGAGCGACUUUGACAUUGAGGUCUUUCCUCAGGAUGAUAAUAUUCUUCCAAGACAAUGCGCCGUCGUCCGAGAUCUUACGAUGCAGCACGAGCUUGCGGACUUAUUUAUUGCAAAAGUUCAGCUGUGCAUCUGCAUCGGCCAUGUGCUAAAUUCUAUGUAUUCAGACGAUAUGCGGAAUAAGGUCAUUCCAGAAAACACUACUAACAGCACCUCUAUGCUAUUACCAAAGAAGAAGCUUGAUAAUAUGGAAUGUUUCCUAUCUAUCAAGCUUGAACUUUUGGCUUGGGCUGAGGCCUUACCUCCCUGUUGCCGGUACACCCCUCUAAUUCGGCUCGAUAUAAAGAACAGUAAUGCGACUAUCGCGGUUCAGCGAACCUUGUUACACAUGUUGUACUACACCAUAGACUUGACCUUGCAUCGUCCGCAGCUCUUGCCACCGUCGCCCACCCAGGUCAUGACUAGCCCGAGCGUAGUCCAAGGCGUAUCCCGUCUACAUGUUCGGAACGCCACUAUAUAUAUUACACGGAUGGCAUCGGAGCUACACCAUCUCGGACUUGACAGGUUCCUCCCCGUCACUGGUGUGACAGUAAUCCUGCCCGCCAUGAUGAUGCAACUCCUUGAGAUGAGAAACGCUGCUCCGCAGGCCCGUGUUCUUGCAGCCCGCGGGUUCCAGCAGUGUAUGUGCGUGAUGGAGCAGCUUCGCGAGAUAUACGUUGCUGCAGACGAUAUCGUUGGCUUCCUAGACGCCGCGCUGCGCAAGCUUGGCGUCGACGUCAACGAGCUAGCCGCCAUAGGCGUCACCAACCAAGACCUCGAAUUUACCGAGACCGAUUCUGGCAGGCAAACUCUGCUGGCAGAGCUAAACCUCGACUUGGCCAAGGGUAGUCCUACACCUUCGGCCGUCGCCAUAUCCAAGGAGACCAGCUUCGCGGAUCUCACAUCUUCGAUAGAGCAAGAAGUCAUUGACUGGAACACCGUCACUGGCACCGAGAUUGAUCUAGGCCAGUGGCUGCAGUUCCCGCCUGAGGAGGCUCGACAACAGUAA